AUGACUCACUGCUGCCAGCCUUGCUGCCGCCCAACCUGCUGUCAGACCACCUGCUGUAAAACCACCUGCUGCCGGAACCCACCCUCCACACCUGACACCAUGUGCUGCUCCCCUUGCUGCCAGCCCAGCUGCUGUGUGUCCAGCUGCUGCCAGCCUUGCUGCCGCCCAUGCUGUGGGUCUAGCUGCUGCCAGCCUUGCUGUCGCCCAUGCUGUGGGUCUAGCUGCUGCCAGCCUUGCUGUCGCCCAUGCUGUGGGUCUAGCUGCUGCCAGCCUUGCUGUCGCCCAUGCUGCUGUCAGACCACCUGCUGCAGGACCACCUGUUGCCGCCCUUGCUGUGUGAGCAGCUGCUGUCAGCCUUGCUGCUGUAGCACUCCCUGCUGCCAGCCCAGCUGCUGUGGGUCCAGCUGUUGUGGACAAUCCUGUGGCGGGUCCAGCUGCUGCCAGCCUUGCUGCCGCCCAACCUGCUGUCAGACCACCUGCUGGAGAACCACUUGCUGCCGGCCCAGCUGCUGCUGCCGCCCUUGCUGUGUGUCCAGCUGCUGCCAGCCCUCAUGUUGCUGA